CCGACUUCGACCUCUCCCCGCUGGUGUCCUCGGACUACCUGCUGGAUCGGACGCUGGACGACUUCUCCUCCCUCCCGCUGGACAGCUUCAUCAACCUGUCCCCUCCCCAAGUCCAUGGCUACCACUUCGGCCUGGAGGAGGGAGAGGGCAUCAGCGAGCUCUUCGACUGCGACUUUGGGGACCUGGCCCCCAUGGACCUGCCUCAGUCUUGGGCAUGUUAACCUGGAGCUGUGGGAGAACCUGGAGGCCCACCACACCCAGGGCCUGGCCUCUCGAGAGCUGGUGCUGAGGCGGGGACAGCCCUUCAAGCUCACCCUGCUGUUCAAACACAGGACGUUCAACCCUCACAACGACAGCCUCCACUUCAAAGCCGUCAUGGGCGACCUAUUUAUCGAAUUCCCUGCCACCAUCUCGAAAGGCUUGUGCCCUGAGUGGGGGGCCCAGGUCCAGCUGGGGGGGGUGCACCCCCAGUCGGUGACGGUUCUCAUCACCUCGUCUCCCCAGGCCCCGGUGGGGACAUACAGCCUGCAGCUGUGUUUGCUCGCUCUGAACUGGCAGCAGAACUACGCCGUCGCUAACUUCACCCUCCUCUGCAACCCCUGGUGCCAGUUGGACGCAGUGCACAUCCCAUUUGAGGACCAGAGAAAGGAGUAUGUGAAAAAUGAUUUUGGUUUAUUAUACAUGGGAACACCUCACAACGUGAUCUCAAGACCUUGGGCCUUCAGUCUAUAUGAGAGGGGGAUCCUGGAGAUCUGUCUGGACAUUCUGCAGGUAAGUCCUCACCAUGGUCGAGACCGGCAGAAGGAUUACCUUUAUCGAGCAGACCCGGUGUACCUGAGCAGGGUGGUAUGUGCAAUGAUAAACUGUGAGGAUGAUCGCGGGGUCCUGAGAGGGAACUGGUCGGGGAACUUUGAGGGCGGGGUUCGCCCGUCCGAGUGGACCGGAAGUGCAGACAUACUGAAGCGAUGGGCCGGGUCCAGGUUCAAACCGGUGCAGUUUGGCCAGUGCUGGGUCUACGCUGCCGUCAUGUGCACAGUCAUGAGGAUCCUGGGGGUUCCAACCCGAGUGGUGACCAACUUCAACUCUGCCCACGACACCAACGGCAACCUCAUCAUCGAAGAGUUCUACACGGAAGCAGGGGAAAAGCUGAACCUCUCCAACGACAGCAUAUGGAAUUUCCAUGUGUGGGUGGAGUGCUGGAUGACCCGUCCAGACUUAGGCACUCAGUUCGGCGGGUGGCAGGUUCUGGAUCCCACCCCGCAGGAGAAGAGUGGAGGACUCUACUGCUGUGGGCCGUGUCCCGUGGCAGCCAUCCGACAGCGGCGUGUGGACCUGGCCUUCGACGCGCGCUUCGUUUACGCGGAGGUCAACGCCGACGUGCUGAGGGUCGUCAUGGCGAACGGGCGUGUGCUCGAUCAGAGCCUGGACACGGAACACGUGGGCUCCAGGAUCUACACCAAGAGCAUCGGUACAGACAAGCCCCAGGACAUUACCUGUGCCUACAAGAGUCAGCAGGGUACUAAACAACAUUCAAAAUGCAAUCAAAGGUGUAAGCACAGUUUGGACGUCUCCCUGUCCAUUGACAUGGCUGCUGCUGGUGAGGAUAUCACUUUUUCCGUCACCAUCGCCAACAAAGAGGGCCUGCCCAGAGUCCUGCGAGAGCACGCCAACGCCCAGGCUAAGGCGUACAACCACGGAUUCAUGACCACGUUCUGGGAACUACACAACCGCCUGCAGAUCGCACCCAGGGGUGUUUUAACGAUACGCCACCAUAUCCCACACUCACAAAUGGAGCUGGCCCUGGGGGCGGACGCUCUAGUGAACCUGGCAGUGGUGAUCGAGGACGAGAGGACGUGGGAACGUGCGCUGGUGUCAGAGGAACUCAACAUUACCAGCCCUGAGAUCUCUUUCCAGGUUGCUGAUGGAGACGACCUGGUGCAGAACAAGGAUCACACGGUCCUGGUUGCCUUCACCAACCCAUUCAGCACACCCUUGUGCAGUGCCAUGCUAACCGUCGAAGGCUUUGGUCUUAUAGAACAGAAAGUACAAUCAAUAGUCUACCUCCUACAGCCUGGGAAGACCAUGGAGGAAACGGUCACCAUAACUCCCAAGGAGGUUGGCACCAAGAUCCUGCAAGCCAGCCUGGUGUUCAAGAACAGUCCAGCGGUCAUCAGAAGCUUCCACGUAGUCUCGGUCUCAACGCUGUAGGCCCUGGCUCCCUGUGCAGACAUGUACCACUUUGAAGGGAAUCACUUCAUCCGUUUCUGGAUUUCAGACCAACUUCUGCUCUAUAUUAUUUAAGUAGCCCAAUCAUUAUGUGAUAUAAACAGCAGCUGAUAAAUGUUCUUGUCGCAUAGCAUUUUAUUGUGGUGAGUGAGUAAUUUAUGAGUGAAUCAGUCAUGGUUUGUGUGGCUAAUUAGCUUAUUGAGCCGAGGUAACUGGUGGCCGCAAAAUCCUGCAUGCACACCAGUCUUCCAGGACUGGAGUUGCCCAUCCCUGCUAUAAUCUUAUAUACACACUGGUCCUUAAGGACUGGAGUCGCCCAUCCCUGCUAUUAUCCUGCAUACAUACCGGUAUACAUGCAUCAAUCCAGAGACCUUUCUUUGGGUCUUGUGUUACCAGUAGUGUCCACCAGGGGCCAGCAUUGAGAUGCUUUUCAUGUUCAUCAAGGGGCUCUUCUUCUGAUCAUGAGGCCAUUCUGCUGAGGGUUGGAAUGCGAAAGCGUUGUACCUACUGCUAUAUCCAGCAUGCAAGCCCCUUCAGAACAGCCUUCACUGUUAAAUUGGGAGUGUAAUGCUGUAAAAUGAGUUUGAGAUCCCUGCCUUUAAAUGAUUGUGUUGUCAUGAUGGAACCACAUCAAACACAAACCUACUUCAUACUAUGAUUAUAUUAUAUAAUAUAUUAUAUUCAAUAACUAUAUGCAUAUGCUGUAGAAGCCAGAUAAAGUAUAUUUAAUUCGAGAAUGCGGCUAAAUGUUUGCUCAACCAGCAUUGGCCUCUCUUAUGAGCCCAACAUGGAAUCUGGUCUCUGGAUUGAUAACCUCCCCCAAAGGCCAUGAUUGAUGCCCUUCUCGAUGCCUGAGCUUUUUAAUGUGGAGGGAGGGGUAUGUGGAUGAAAGUGCUAAUGUAUAGUGAGCUAUCCAUUCCUUGCUCCUGACCUGUAGAAGUUAUGAAUUCCCAAUCUUUCCUUAGUGCAAGAAAACAUCAGCGCUUCCUUUUGCAGAAAGGCAGGAAGGGAGGCAAAGCCAGAGUUUCUUUUAGUCUUGUGUUACCAGCAGUGUCCACUGGGGGUCAGCAUUGAGCUGCUUUUCAUGUUUUUUUUAUCAGCAGUGACUCCAGGUCUUCAGUCUCCUGCCCUCCUGCACCGACAUGACUCAUGCAACACUGAAUGAAAGAAGAUGCCAAACCACAGCUUGUCUCUCCAAAAGUAAUCCCAAGAAUGAGCCAAGACCAAUAGAAAGAAGAAUAUUCUAAAAACAACAGUGAUAAAAUAAAAUAGAACAGACCUGGAUGCAAGCCUAAAGUAAAGACGGGCCAAACUUUUAUAUAGUUGAAGGGACCAACCCAUACAGGAACCAAAUAAAACUCGUACUGUACAUUUUCUAAAGUAAAUUACAGACAGUCACCUGUUCUAGCUCAUGUAUAUGAUUUACGAUUCUCAAAAACUGAACUGUACCCCUGACAAAACAAGUUUCAGCCCAUCCCUUAAGAAAAUUAACCUAACAGUUUCCUGUUGGACUGCACUCAAAGCUAUGGGCUAUAGUGGUACAAACCUUCACACAAUGAUGUUCCUGUGUCUGCAACCUUUACCCACCCAGCACUGUUCCCUGUUGUUUCUCUCACUUCCCCAUUCAGGGCCUAUUUCUUUCAGAAUGAUACUACUUUAGCUCACAUUCGCUGAAGGGGUUCUUAGCCUUCCAACCCAAAUAAUUUGUGACUAAAGAGCCGCUGUUGAUAAGGGUCAGACAGCACACAGCAAAUAGUUAAUGUGAAACACCACAUGGUUUUCUCCUGGUUUGUAAGCAGAGUGAAGCUUUGGCCCUCCUGUUCUGCAUUCUGAGGCAUUAAAAUGGUAAAUGGACUGCAUAUAUAUAGCAUUUUUUUCCCCAAAGCACAAUUGAUGCUUCUCAUUCACCCAUUCACACACCAACAGCGAUUGGCUGCCAUGAAAGGGUACAGUUGUGUUCAAAUAAAUAUCAGUGCGUUAAAAAAAG